AUGUUGAUUUCAUGGUGGUAUCUGUAUCUGGGGGCUCAGAGCAUCUGCAGGCAAGUGCUCAAUGUGGCAUCUGUGCUGCAAAAGCUCAUCAUCCCUAUGGUCAGUGGACCGUCCGAGCCACCCAGGAACAAGGUGACCAUGGUGGGAGUGGGUCAGGUGGGCAUGGCAUGUGCUGUCAGCAUCCUGCUACGGGAACUAGUUGAUGAACUGGCCCUGGUAGAUGUGAUGGAGGAUAAGCUGAAAGGAGAGAUGCUGGACCUACAACAUGGAAGUCUCUUCUUUAAAACUCCUAAGAUUGUCUCUGGCAAAGAUUACUCUGUAACAACAAACUCCCGUAUCGUCAUUGUGACGGCAGGUGUACGCCAGCAGGAGGGCGAAAGCAGACUUAACCUGGUGCAGCGUAAUGUCAACAUCUUUAAGCACAUUAUUCCUCAGAUUGUUAAAUACAGUCCCAACUGCAUUCUAAUUGUGGUGUCUAACCCAGUGGAUGUUUUGACUUAUGUGACUUGGAAGCUGAGUGGUUUACCCAAGCACCGUGUGAUCGGCAGUGGCACUAAUCUGGAUUCGGCUCGUUUUCGAUACCUGAUGUCACAGCGGCUUGGUGUUCAUCCUAGCAGCUUAAAUGGCUGGAUUCUGGGAGAGCACGGAGACUCCAGUGUUCCUGUUUGGAGUGGUGUGAAUGUUGCAGGAGUGAACCUUCAGAAAUUGAACCCAGAAAUUGGCAAAGAUGGUGACAGGGAGAACUGGAAAUCGACUCACAAGAAGGUGGUUGAUAGUGCUUACGAGGUGAUCAAGCUAAAGGGCUAUACUAACUGGGCUAUUGGAUUGAGUGUAGCUGACCUGACAGAGAGCAUCAUUAAAAACCUGCACAGAGUUCAUCCUGUUUCUACCAUGAUAAAGGGCAUGUAUGGGAUCAGUGAUCAGGUAUACCUGAGUCUCCCGUGUGUGCUGAACAGAAAAGGAGUAAGUAGUGUGGUCAACAUGAGUCUGACUCAGGACGAGGUGUGUCAGCUGAAGAAAAGUGCAGAUACUCUGUGGAGCAUUCAGAAAGACUUAAGAAAUCUAUAAGGUCCACACUAAUAAGACAUAAUAUUUAUUCACAGAACUGGUCUGGCUGAACUUCACUUUAAUAGCUUGGAGACUUCACAUUUCUGUCAAGCUUAAACUGUGCAAUGCAAAAAGAUCAUAUUUAUUUUAAAGAACACAUUCAUUUUAAACAGAUCAAUAUAUGAGGUAAUAGACCUGAUUUUCAAUGCCCUUUCA